AUGCUCGGACGCUGCACACACUGUCUAGCAAGAGUGCCGCCGCCGCUUAGGACCGCGCUUGUUCGCCGUGCAUCGCCAUCACUCGCUGCUCUUGCCCCGCCACAACGAACCUUGUCCACUUCAUCUCGACUGCGGUCGUCCAAGAUCCUAUCCUUCAAUACAUCCUCCACCAUGUCGUCGCAGGAUGCCAAGGUGCUCAAGACAGCGCCGCUGCAGGACUCGGACGCCAAAUGGGUGGGUCUGCGCUCGAUCGAGUGGGUGGACCCGACGGGCAAACAGCGCAAGUGGGAGUCGGCCGACCGCAAGACACGCAAGGGUGACGUGGAUGCCGUGGCGAUCAUGACGAUCAUCCACCGUCCGUCGUCGGAGCCGCACAUCCUGCUCAUCUCGCAGUACCGCCCGCCCGUGGGGCAGAGCUGCAUCGAGAUGCCUGCCGGCCUCAUCGACGCCGGCGAAGAGGGCGACGAGGGCACCAACCGCGCCGCACUCCGAGAGCUCGAGGAGGAGACAGGCUACGGCACCGACAAGCAGGGAGGCAAGGUCAAGAUCCAGGAAACAACACCCACCAUGUUCAACGAUCCCGGCCUCACCGGCGCCAACAUGAAGAUGGUGGUGGUGAAUAUCGAGCUGGCCGACAAUGCGGACGAGCCCGUCGCCAAGCCCGAGGAGGGCGAGUUUAUCGAAAAGUACCUCGUGCCCGUCAAGGGCCUCUACCAGAGCCUCAAGGACUUCCAGGCAAAAGGAUUCGCAGUCGACGCACGUCUCGCCCACCUCGCCAUCGGCCUCGAAGUCGGAGCGGGCAAGAUGGGCCGUCUAUAG